GGAUCGUGACAGACUAGUAGUAGCGGACUGUAAACAUGGCGGCGUGCACGGCUACGAGGCUGUGCAGAGCACCUUAUUACUAUUAACCCGAGCGACGGAGACACCCUAAACAUGGAGACCGAAGAGGAGCAGCACAUAACCACGCUCCUCUGUAUGGGCUUUCCUGACCCCGACGUGAUACGGAAGGCGCUCCGGCUGGCAAAGAAUGACAUCAACGAGGCAGUGGCGCUCCUUACGAACGAAAGCCCCGGACUCGGGUACGGCUAUGAGCCGAUGGAGAGCGGGCCUGCUCCCGUGCUGGGCUCGGGCGGAGACGGGGAGAGCACUGGGCGCAGUGGGACAGGGGGCUUCGACCCCCCGCCUGCAUACCACGAUGUUGUGGAAAGCGAGAGGAGCAACGAUGAGAAUGGGAACUGCUCCGGGGAGAUCAUGGAGUUCCCCACCACCAACCUGUACGAGCUAGAGAGCAGAGUCUUCACCGACCAUUGGUCCAUACCUUACAAAAGAGAGGAGUCCUUGGGAAAGUGUCUUAUUGCGUCCACCUGCCUCGCCCGGCAUGGUCUCGCUGAAGCAGACGAGAACUGUAAACGGUUCAUGGAUCGGUGCAUGCCAGAGGCCUUUAAAAAGUUGCUGACCAGCAGUGCAGUCCAUAAAUGGGGCACAGAGAUUCAUGAGGGAAUCUACAACAUGCUGAUGUUGCUGGUGGAGCUGGUUGCAGAGAGGGUCAAGCAGGACCCCAUACCUGUAAACCUGAUGGGGGUCCUGACCAUGGCUUUCAACCCAGAUAAUGAGUACCAUUUUAAGAACCGUAUGAAGGCCUGUCAGAGGAACUGGGAUGAGGUUUUUGGAGAUGAGACCAAUAUGUUUGCCGUCUCUCCUUGUAACAGCUACCAGAAAGAGCCUCAUGGUUGGCUGGUUGACUUGGUGAAUCGAUUUGGAGAAUUAGGAGGCUUUACUGCAGUCCAGGCUAAGCUCAACACAGAGGAAAUUGAGAUUGCUUGUGUAUCGGCUCUCGUCCAGCCGCUUGGAGUUUGUGCGGAAUACCUCAACUCCAGUCUUGUCCAGCCCAUGCUGGAUCCAGUCAUUCACAAAAUGAUCACAUAUGUACAGAACCUGGAGGAAAAAGACCUCAAAGACAAGCGCCUGGUGAGCAUCCCAGAUCUCCUAUCAGCCAUAAAGUUGCUGUGUAUGAGGUUCCAGAGGGAGCUGGUUGCUGUAGUGGAUGACCUGCGGCUGGACACACUGUUGCGCAUGCUCAAAACCCCUCACUUCUCCACCAAAAUGAACUCCCUCAAAGAGGUCACAAAGCUGAUAGAGGAGAGCACAAUGUCUAAGACUGUGAAAAAUGCCAUUGACACAGAUAAACUGUUGGAUUGGCUGGUAGAGAACUCAGUGCUGUCAAUAGCACUGGAAGGUAAUAUUGACCAGGCCCAGUACUGUGAGAGAAUUAAGGGUAUUAUUGAGCUUCUGGGAAGUAAACUGUCUCUGGAUGAACUUUCCAAGAUCUGGCGAAUACAGGCGGGCCAGUCCUCCACUGUGAUCGAAAACAUUCACACCAUCAUUGCCGCCGCUGCUGUGAAGUUCAGUUUCGAUCAACUCAACCACCUGUUUGUGCUCAUACAGAAGAGCUGGGAGAUUGAGAGUGACCGUGUGAGACAGAAGCUUCUCAGCCUGAUCGGGAGGAUUGGCAGAGAGGCACGCUCUGAAACUACAACAGGAAAGGUCCUGGAGGUACUGUGGGAGCUGGCUCACCUCCCCACACUACCUACUAGUCUUGUACAGCAGGCGUUGGAAGAGCACCUGGGGAUCUUGAGUGAUGCCUACGCUGUCAAGGAGACUGUGAAAAGAAGUUACAUCAUUAAAUGUAUUGAGGACAUUAAGAAGACUCGCAUUCAGGAGGAGUGUAAAAGCGACUCUCAAAUUUUGUUUCUAACUGGCUCUUGGGGCAAGAGGAAAGCUAGUACUUUGGAGAAAGAGUUUCAACAGGCUUCUCAACAGAGCAGUCCUCAAGCUGUCUGGGUUGUUCCAGCUCUUCGUCAACUGCACGAGAUCACUCGCUCUUUCAACAAGCAGACCUAUCAGAAACAAGACAAGAGCAUUAUACAGGAUUUAAAGAAGAACUUUGAAAUUGUAAAGCUGAUCACAGGGUCCCUCGUGUGCUGUCACCGUCUCGCUGUGACCACGGCGGCCAGUAUUGGCCUCUCAGGCUCCACCUUAGUGGAUGGACGUUACACCUACCAGGAGUAUCUGGACAGCCACCUACGUUUCCUGGCCUUCUUCCUCCAGGAAGCCAGCCUCUAUCUGGUUUGGAACAGGGCUAAGGAGCUCUGGGAGUGCCUUGUGUCUGGGCCUGAUGUUUGUGAACUUGACAGAGAGAUGUGUUUUGAGUGGUUCACCAAAGGACAGCAUGACCUUGAGAGUGAUGUCCAACAGCAGCUCUUCAAGGAGAAGAUCUUAAAGCUGGAGCCUUAUGAGAUCACCAUGAAUGGUUUCAAUCUGUUUAAGACUUUCUUUGAAAAUGUCAAUCUGUGUGACCAUCGACUGAAACGACAAGGAACUCAACUGUGCGUCGAGCGUCUUGACUUGGCAGGGAUGGAUUUUAUCUGGCGCAUUGCCAUGGAAACCCCAGAUGAAGAGAUAGCUAAUGAAGCCAUCCAGCUGAUCAUCACUUAUAGCUACACUAACCUCAAUCCUAAAAUGAAGAAGGAUUCUGUAUCUUUGCACAAGAAGUUCAUUGCUGAUUGUUACAAGAGACUUGAGGCAGCCAGUUCAGCCCUGGGUGGACCUACAUUAACACAUGCUGUCACAAGAGCAACCAAGAUGCUGACGGCUACUGCUAUGCCCACUGUAGCCACAUCUGUACAAUCACCAUCCAGAUCCACUAAGCUGGUGAUAAUCGAGAGACUGCUGCUUCUGGCAGAGCGCUAUGUCAUUACAAUAGAGGACAUGUACUCAGUUCCUCGCACUAUUCUACCUCACGGGGCUUCCUUCAAUGGACACCCUGUCACUCUUCACAUCACCUAUGAGUCAACCAAAGACACCUUCACCUUAGAGACCCACAGCAAUGAGACGGUAGGAAGUAUCCGGUGGAAGAUAUCUGAGCACUUGAGCUGUCCGGUGGACAAUGUCCAGAUAUUUGCCAAUGACAGUGUGUUGACCAUGAAUCGGGAUCAGAAGUUGCUGUCCCAACUUGGCUUUAGUGAUGAGCAGAGCCUCACUGUGAAGAGCUCAGGUACCGGAACUCCAUCUGGCAGCUCGGAGUCCUCAGCUUCUGCCUCCAGUAGUUCCAGUUCUGCCGUUUUCAACUCUGCCUACGCCUUGGAGCAGGAAAAGUCUCUGCCGGGUGUGGUCAUGGCGUUGGUGUGUAAUGUGUUUGAGAUGCUUUAUCAGCUGGCCAACUUGGAUGAAUCAAGAAUCACUCUGCGUGUGAGGAAACUUUUGUUACUGAUCCCAACGGAUCCAGAAGUGCAAGAUGCUCUUGACAAUUUUGUUCCAAAGGAAUCCAGUGUUUGGAGCCACCAGAAGACACUGUUCACACUUGGCCAGGGUGCAGGCUCUCGUUCUCCAUCUAUGACUUCCAAGCAGCAGCAUCAGCCCAGCGCAGCAUCCAUUUUAGAGUCCCUCUUUAGGUCCUCAGCUCCUGGCAUGUCCACCUUCAGAGUGCUGUACAAUCUAGAGGUGUUGAGUUCAAAGCUCAUGCCUACCUCUGAUGAUGAGAUGGCCAAAACCAGUAGCAAGUCUUUUUGUGACAACUUCCUCAAAGCAGGAGGACUCAGCCUGGUUGUGAAUGUUAUGCAGAGAGACUCCAUCCCAUCAGAAGUUGACUAUGAGACCAGACAAGGAGUUUAUUCAAUCUGCCUUCAACUCGCCAGGUUUCUUUUGGUUGGCCAGAGCAUGCCUGUAGUGCUGGAUGAUGAUGUCAUCAGGGAUGGCGAUGCGCUGUCUUCCCGUCCGUUUCGUAACGCAGGUCGGACUGGGCGGCAGCUAUCCCUUUGUGGGACUCCAGAGAAAUCCACCUAUCGACAAAUGUCUUUGUCUGAGCGCUCCUCCAUAAGAGUCGAAGAGAUCAUACCUGCUGCUCGUGUAGCUAUUCAGACCAUGGAGGUAGGCGACUUCACCUCCACUGUAGCCUGUUUCAUGCGUCUGACUUGGGCAGCUGCUGCAGGACGGUUGGAUCUAGUGGGCAGCCCACAACCAAUUAGAGAAACCCACAGCGCUCGUCUUCCACAAGGAAUCCGCACCAGAGUCAGCAGUACAGGAAGUAACUGCAGCUCCAGCAGUGAUGGCGAGACUGUGCCAACAGCGUUGCAUGCAGGGAUAUGUGUAAGACAGCAGAGUGUCUCCAUCAAAGAUGCCAUUAUUGCUCGAGAAGCUUUGUCGUUGCUGGUUACCUGUCUGCAGCUGCGUUGCCAACAACUUUCUUGUUUUUACAAUCUGCCCUCCGUCAAAGAUUUUGUCAUCGAUAUCCUGCUGGGAUCUCCCAGUAAUGAGAUCCGCCGUGUUGCUUGUGAUCAGCUGUACACGUUGAGCCAGUCUGACACGUCGCCUUUCCAUGAAGUCCAGAAGCCCAACUUGUUCCUCCUUUCAGUCAUUCUCACUGCUCAGUUGCCGUUAUGGAGUCCUACAUCUGUUAUGAGAGGCGUUAAUCAGAGGUUGCUUUCCCAGUGCACUGAAUACUUUGACCUUAGAUGUCAACUGCUGGAUGAUCUCACAACUUCUGAGAUGGAGGUGUUAAAAGUGAGUGCAGCCACCAUGCUAGAGGACGAGAUCUCUUGGCUCGACAACUUUGAGCCCAGCUGGAGCUCUGAGAUGGAGACGAGUGAAGCUGACAACGUCUUACUGGCUGGGCACCUCCGGCUAAUCAAAACGUUGCUUUCUCUCUGUGGUAAAGAGAAGGAGCUUCUUGGUCCAUCUUUGACCCAGCAGUUGUUGGAUGACUUUUUGUUUCGAGCAUCGCGCAUUAUCAUAAACACUUCUAAUCCUACAUCUUCUCCAGCUCCCAGCCAUGACUUCCACCCCAAGUGCAGCACAGCCAGCAGCAGGCUGGCUGCUUAUGAGGUGUUGGUGAUGCUUGCAGACAGCUCUCUCGCUAACCUCCGGCUCAUCACCAAAGAACUGUUGUCCAUGCACCAUCAGUCUGAUUCCUCCCUCUGCAAGGAGUUUGAUUAUCUACCUCCAGUAGAGAGUCGGUCAGUCUCAGGUUUUGUUGGAUUGAAGAAUGGGGGAGCCACAUGUUACAUGAAUGCUGUGUUCCAGCAGCUUUACAUGCAGCCUGGCCUACCGGAGGGGUUUCUUUCCAUCGAGGAUGACACAGAUCAGCCAGAUGAGAGCGUCUUUUACCAGGUCCAGUCUCUGUUUGGCCAUCUAAUGGAGAGCAAGCUGCAGUACUACGUGCCUGAGAACUUUUGGAAGAUCUUCAAAAUGUGGAACAGAGAGUUAUAUGUAAGAGAACAGCAAGAUGCCUAUGAGUUCUUCACUAGCCUGGUUGAUCAGCUCGAUGAACAUCUCAAGAAAAUGGGCCGAGAACAAAUCUUCAAAAACACGUUUCAGGGAAUAUUUUCUGACCAAAAGAUUUGUAAAGAUUGCCCUCACCGGUAUGAGCGUGAAGAAACCUUCAUGGCAUUGAACCUGGGCGUGACAUCUUGCCAAAGUUUAGAGAUCUCAUUAGAUCAGUUUGUCAGAGGGGAGGUGCUAGAGGGUAGCAAUGCCUACUACUGUGAGAAAUGCAAAGAGAAGAGGACCACAGUAAAGCGGACUUGCAUUAAAUCCCUUCCCAGUGUUCUCUGCAUUCACCUCAUGCGCUUUGGAUUUGACUGGGAAAGCGGCCGAUCCAUCAAAUAUGAUGAACAGAUUCGGUUUCCUUGGGUGUUGAACAUGGAGCCCUACACUGUGUCUGGAAUGGCUCGUCAAGACUCUAGUGGAGACGGAUGUGAAGGACGGGGAGACAGCAGCUCAGGGGGGUCACCCAGGAAGAAGGUCACGAUUUCUGAAAACCACGAGCUUGUGGGUGUUGUCGUUCAUAGUGGUCAAGCACAUGCCGGACACUACUACUCUUUCAUUAAAGACAGACGUGGAGGUGCCCGUGGACGUUGGUACAAGUUCAACGACAAUGUGGUUGAGGAAUUUGAAAUGAAUGAUGAAAGUCUGGAGUAUGAGUGCUUUGGUGGAGAGUAUCGUCCCAAGGUUUAUGAUCAGUCAAACCCAUACCCUGAUGUACGGAGGAGGUAUUGGAAUGCCUAUAUGUUGUUCUAUCAGAAGAUCAGUGACCAGAACUCUCCUGUUCUUCCCAAAAAAAGUCGAGUCAGCAUCAUGAGACAGGAAGCUGAGGAUCUUACACUGUCUGCUCCAUCUUCACCUGAUGUUUCUCCACAGUCUUCUCCUCGCCCACCUAGAGCAAAUAAUGACCGCCUCACCCUCUUAACCCGCCUGGUCCGCAAGGGAGAGAAGAAGGGUCUGUUUGUAGAGAAGAUGCCUGCUAGCAUCUAUCGGAUGGUGAGAGACGAGAAUCUCAAGUUCAUGAGGAACCGAGACGUCUACAACAGUGACUACUUCAACUUCACCCUCUCUCUGGCCUCUGUCAAUGCAACAAAGCUGAAGCACCCAGAUUACCAGGCCAUGGCUAAAGAGAGCCUUCAGCUGGCUGUGCACUUUCUCUUCCACACCUACCUGCACACAAAGAAGAAACUUCGUGUUGACACAGAGGAAUGGAUGGCCACUGUGGAGGUGUUGUUGACAAAAAGCAGUGAGGCCUGCCAGUGGAUGGUACAGUACCUGGUUUGCCCAGAAGGAAGAGAGAUCACCAGGGUUUGUCUGUUGGAGUGCAGUGUAAGGGAAGUGCGGGCAGUCGUAGCAUCCAUUCUUGAAAAGACUCUGGAGAGCGCGCUUCAAUUUAAAGACCCAGGAUUGGACAGACUAACCGACGCUCUGCUCUCCUUAUUGGACAAAGAUGUUCCUGAGAAUGUGAAAAACUGUGCACAGUACUUCAGCCUCUUCAGCAACUUUGCUCAGAGGGGUUACAGCUUUUGUCAGUUGUUGUUGAAACAUUCUGCUUAUCGUCGGAUGCUCAUCUUCCUGCUGGGACCAAACAGGCAGAACAACCAGAACCGCCGGUGGAGUCCAGCUCAGGCUCGGGAGUUCCUACACCUCCACAGCACCCUGGCCCUCAUCACUCUGCACUCUGACCUCACCUCUCAGCAAACAAUAUCUUCAGGAAUGUUUAAGGUCCGUGUCGGUAGCAUCUUGUCAGCCUCUCAGAAUCUUCCCCUCCACUCCGACCUCCUGGCCUCUCUGUUUACCUCAGAGGGACAGCCUUACCUUCUAGAGGUGAUGUUUGCCAUGCGAGAGCUGUCAGGCCCGCUGUCAUUGCUGAUAGAGAUGGUGACCUACUGCUCAUACUGCAAUGAGGCCUUUUCCCUUGGAGUCCUUCAGUUACUCAAGACUCAGCUGGAAACGGCUCCACCUCAUGAACUGAAGAACAUUUUUUUGAUGCUGCAGGAGCUCAUGGUAGUAGAAGAUCCUCUACAGACCCAGAGGCUCAAAUAUGCUUUUGAGUCAGAAAAAGGCUUGUUGGCUUUAAUGCACCAGAGUAACAACGUGGACAGCAGUCGCUGCUACCAGUGCGUUAAGUUCCUGGUUACACUGGCUCAGAAGUGUUCUCCCGCCAAAGAUUACUUCAAGGAUCUGUCUGGUCACUGGAGUUGGGCGGUGCAGUGGCUACAGAAGAAGAUGACAGAACAUUACUGGACUCCACAGAGCAACGUGUCAAAUGAAACAUCCACCAAUAAAACCUUUCAGCGUACCAUCUCUGCACAGGAUACACUGGCGUACGCCACAGCGUUGUUAAAUGAGAAGGAGCAGUCUGGCAGCAGUAACGGCUCUGACGGCAGUCCAGCGAAUGAAAAUGCCGAUCGCAGCCUCCGACAGGGCUCAGAGUCUCCUAUGAUGCUUGGCGACUCCAAAAGCGACCUCGAGGAUGUCGACCCUUAGUUCCUCCAACCAGCAGGACCCUUCUGAAGGAGACGCUCCACAGCUCUGGGCAGCCAAUCGAAAGGCCUGUCUCUGAUUGGUCGGGACAUUUUGGACUUCACAACAACCAAUCAGAACAUUUGUUCUCUUGGUCACGAUGGCAUUGAAGGAGCUAUGAAUAAAUGAUGAAUUACUUCCUUUGAAAUGAGCCAUGGCGAUAAUGGCGGUGCAUUCUAGGUAAAAGCAGGAAAGUUGAUUAUGGGGAAGUGCAUCCACAAUCACGGAUGAUUUUGUUUAUCGUUUUAGUCGUUCAUUCAGUCUGAAUGAUGGAGAAGUGGAGGAUGGGUUUGGGUUGUGUUUUAACAAUUUUUUGCUCAUAUUUGCCCAUGUAUCUACAGACACAUUGUAAAAAUUUGUUCCAUAGAUGUAAUUUCCAGUGUAAGAUAUUUUAAAUUGUCCAGUGCUCUUCUCCACAGCCAUGCAAGAGGUCAUGCUUUCUGCUCUCAGUGAACGUGUGCACUUGUACAGGAACACCUCCACACACACACGCGCGCACUUUGGAGAGGUGGGGUUUAGUAAGCACUUUAUAGUCCCACCCAAUCUGCUGUGAUGCACAGCAGCACCGCUCCAUUCAUCCAGAGAGGGAAGGACCUCCCUUAUCCUGGCGCUCUUGUCUUCUUUUGCUUGUUUUUAAACACUUAAUGAUUUCAGUGCCACAUGGAAGCCCUGAUGGCAAGCCUCUCUGUGGCUUAUCCUUUGACCCUGACAUCCGCAGGCUCACCAUGACAACUUAGUAUUGACAGGUCCUUCCAAGAAACGGGACGAGCCGCAGCCAUCAGUCAGAUCUGAAUCACACCGUGCCACAAUCAGCACUUUCCCACCUUUUCUCAGUGACCAUCAUGUUCAUGUGCUGGAUUUUAUUCUCUUGAUUGCAGUUUUAUUUGGUUCUUUUUUAAAAAAAACAAAACACUUUUUUCAACUCAAGAUGAAUUGAAUUUUGGAAUGGAUGUUUAGGGACAAGCCUUAUGCAAGAAAUGCUGAUCUCAAAGGGCGCUGAUCAGUCAAGUUGGCUGUCUGUGCCGACUGCGGAGGAGCUCAGGAGUAUGUUGUAAUUUUAGGUGCCAAGGUCAUACGCACACAGAAUAAUACAUGCGUGUAUUUACUGUCAUUCUCUCACUCACAUGUACCUCUGUUUGAUUGGGUCUAAGUUUCCAAUGGAUUUCUCUUUUUUGCUUUGCCUUCUGCUUUUAUCUUUGGCAACACACAGAGGAGCAAAUGUAGCUCGGGCGCCAUGUUGGAAUGAACGUCCGCGUAACCAUCAUCCCUGCCUAGUCAUCGGGAGACACAAAGUGCCUUAACCUCCCGAUUCCUCUGCUGUGACAUCUCUGAGGAGGUCUGCUACGUGUGUUCAACCUGUCCCGACUGUAACGCCAAACCAGCGCCUCCUGUGGUCACCACCACCCUCGCUGCGGGAGCGCGGCAUGGCUUCUUCACCCCAUUAGACCCUCAACAAUACGGGGAGUCCCCUCUGUGUGCAGAGAGCCAAUGGUUUAAGAAUGUAUGGUGGGCGUUAAUCUUGACUGUCAGUUUUACCCUCAUGAAAUAGGGUUUUGGAUGGGACAGGGUGUCACGACUGUAAAAUGCUGCUUCUUGUCGCUCUGUGCACUCGGGCAGAGACACUUUGUAGUUGCUGAUUUAUGCUGGAUUGUUUUAAGGAGGCCGCCGGUUUCGCUGAGAUGAGCCGAAGCGAUCUCAGCAGCUUAGCGUUGAGCUUUAACAGGUCAGUGUUUACAGUGCGAGGACCUACGAAGCAAUCAUUCAGAGCUUCUUUUUUCUCUCUCAUUUGCAUUAACAUGCACUCUGGCUCCCCAGAGCUUGAAGAGAGGAGACACCUUUAAGCUCCUCCCACACCCCCCACAGACCAUCGGUUCUUUCUCACUGGAUGUGAACUUCAUGUUGUGCUCAUACAUGUUUGCAUGCAUGGCAGUAAGCAGCGGUAAACUUUUAUCAUUUCUGUUGGAGAGGGGGAAAAAAGCAGCCCCCAUGUUGGUGGCUGUGUGAUUUGGUCAGUCACACGUGUGGUCACAAACCUUUGUGUGAAGCUGCAUUCAGGUUGUGACGGGUGAUAAACUAGCACGAGCUGCACUCAGCUGGGCAUGCCCCUCUGUUACAGCACCAGAAUUACUUAAAAAAAAAAAAAAAGAGAAAUUAAACUUGUUUUAAUCCUGGUGUUGCUGGAUCGGGAGGGUAAGUGCGUGGGGUAAUCUGCGUCAAUACGGGUUUUUACUGUCAGUUCAGCUUUGAAAAUUCACUUCUGAAAGUUUGCUAGUGCAGGAUUCUGUCAUGCAUGUUAAAACCCAGUUUUAAUUUGUACAGCAGAAUUUGUUUAUGGGGGGUUUGAUACAAAAUAAACUGGAAUGCAAACCCUUUUGUAAA